CCGCGCUGUGCCGCGAGCGACCCUAGAAAUCCACUUGUCUGCGGCAGGAAGAGGAGGCCCGAGGGACGUGGUCCCCGAGCCUCCGGGAUGGGGAGAGAUGACCGAAUCUUAAUCACUGCUGUGGGACAUUUUCUUGGAGCAAGUGAAUGUCCUGUAGAGUGAGCGCAGGGCCUAGGGUUAGGUUGCUUUACUUCGGAUGCCUUGGUGGAGAUGAUGGGGGCGUUCUUUACCCAUCCAAGUCCCUCCCCUUUCCUCCUCUCUGUGGAGUUCGGGGACUUGGAGGGGAAAGAAAGCACCUUUACUUUAACUAAUCUGUGCAAUUCAUUUACAAAUUAUAACUCGCUUACUGUUAUAAUUACAUUUGCAUUGUGUUCUGAGCAAAAAACAAAAAACAAAAAAAAACGCUUUUGGCGCCGGCUGUCCCGGGGGGUUUUGACUUUGAUGUUACUCAGAUUCAAGCUGUGGGAGCGAGGCACCUGACCAUCCUGACCUCAUCUGAAAAAUGGCGACAAUAACAUCUGUAGGGUCCACCUUAGAAAGGGCUGGCCUUGGAGUUCCAAGAACUAGCAGCUGUGGGAUCCCGGUUCCAAAGCUGUAACUUACAGAAAAGCUUCCUUCAUCCGGGGACUGCAUUGGUACCCAGGGAGUCAAUUAGACAAAGUUACAAGUUGGCAUCCUUCUCUCACAAACUCUUACCUCACGGGGUUAUUAGGAAAAUCAAAUAAGAUAAUUAUAUGCAAAAUGCUUUGUAAAUCUUAAAGAAAUAUAAACGCCACCUAUUAAUAUUUGGAAUGGGAACUGAAGGGUGUUUGAGUUAGGGCAUUUGUCUAUUUGUAUAUGUGUGGGAUUCCUAUAUUCGGGUGGCCUUGUUUAUAUAUUCUUCUAGGAAACAUGAUAGGAGUUGUGUCAUCAAAAUAGGGGUACUUCACCAUCCUGCCACUAUUACUAUUUAUUCUCUUCACUUGUUUACCUUUUAUGUCCAAUACUGGUUGCUUAUUCACAAAUUCUCAUUUGAGCAUAAGCAUAAGACUGCCAUGAAAAUAGUUGCAGUUUAUUUGUUGUCAUCUCCUGGGGAGGAUUAAAAGGUAGGGAGAUUAUAAAUCCUCUAAAAAGAAAAAAAGAAAAAGGAAAAAAUCCUCCAAGCUAAGUCAGCAUAUGCUCUGGUUCUUUAUGAUUUCAGUGUGAAGAUGAGUACUGGGAAGAAUGUUGAAAAAUAUCUUGAAAAAUAUGGCCCAAAGGUGCCACAUAUGUAAGCCUCUCAGAACUUCAUGUCUAUAUAUUAUGAAUAUUUUCUUCUAGAAGCUCAUUGGAAAGACAUUGGACAUGAAACAGAUGGAGUUUCAUUCAGAAUUAACACAAAUGGACAAGGAUUUUUGGAUGAAAAUAUACCAUUAAGACUAUCAUUUCAUUUACCAGCUACUUACCCAUCUUGUCUACCAGGAAUCUCAGUUAACUCUGAGCACCUUACCAGGGCACAAUGUAUAGUUAUAAAAGAGAAGCUACUUGAACAAGCAAAAACUCUUUUGUCUGAGCCGAUGAUACAUGAGCUUGUUCUUUGGAUUCAACAACACCUCAAGCACAUCAUUGGGCAGCCAGAAACAACUGUUAGCUCUGAAGACUAUACUUUGUCUAAAAGUAUAACCAUGGAUGAUGGAACAUGGAUCACCCUUUUGCAUUUAGAUCACAUGAGAGCAAAGACUAAGUAUAUCAAAACUGUGGAGAAGUGGACUUCAAAUUUAAGACUUACUGGAAGACUGAUGUUUUGUGGCAAAGUAAUACUCAUUCUUCUGCAAGGAGACAGAAAUAGUAUCAAGGAAUACCUGAUUCUUCAGAAAACCUCCAAAGUUGAUGUGGACUCAAGCGGAAAGAAAUGCAAAGAGAAAAUGAUUAGUAUACUCUUUGAAACAAAAGUACAGAUGGAACACAAAAGGUUCCUGGCAUUUGAAGUCAAAGAGUAUUCAUCGUUGGAUGAGUUACUAAAGGAAUUUGAAGCAGCAGGACUUAAGGAGCUGUUCUCUGAAUUUGUACUUCCAUUGGUAAAAUGAAAUAAAAAACACAAAAGUCUUUUAAUAAAA